GCUCCGCGGCCGUGUGGAGCGAGGCCUUGUUCCCGCGUUGAGCCGCCGCCGCCGCCGCCUCCUCCUCAGCUUCAGCCUCCGCGCCAGGCCCGGCCCCGCCGCGCCAUGUCGGACUACAGCACAGGAGGACCCCCGCCCGGGCCGCCGCCGCCCGCCGGCGGCGGCGGGGGAGCCGGGGGAGCGGGAGGCGCCGGGGGAGGCCCUCCGCCGGGCCCGCCGGGCGCGGGGGACCGGGGCGGCGGCGGCCCCGGCGGCGGCGGUCCGGGCGGGGGGUCGGCCGGGGGUCCCUCCCAGCCGCCCGGCGGGGGAGGCCCGGGGAUCCGCAAGGACGCCUUCGCCGACGCCGUGCAGCGGGCCCGCCAGAUCGCAGCCAAAAUUGGAGGCGACGCUGCUACCACAGUGAAUAACAGCACUCCUGAUUUUGGUUUUGGGGGCCAAAAGAGGCAGUUAGAAGAUGGAGACCAACCGGAGAGCAAGAAACUGGCUUCCCAGGGAGACUCCAUCAGUUCUCAACUUGGACCCAUCCAUCCUCCCCCCAGGACUUCAAUGACAGAAGAGUACAGGGUCCCAGAUGGCAUGGUGGGACUAAUCAUUGGCAGAGGAGGUGAACAGAUUAACAAAAUCCAGCAGGAUUCAGGCUGCAAAGUCCAGAUCUCUCCAGACAGCGGUGGCCUACCAGAGCGCAGCGUAUCCUUGACAGGAGCCCCGGAGUCUGUCCAGAAAGCAAAGAUGAUGCUGGAUGACAUCGUCUCUCGGGGUCGUGGGGGCCCCCCAGGACAGUUCCACGACAAUGCCAACGGGGGCCAGAACGGCACUGUACAGGAGAUCAUGAUCCCCGCAGGGAAGGCUGGCCUGGUCAUCGGCAAAGGUGGCGAGACCAUUAAGCAGCUGCAGGAACGAGCUGGAGUGAAGAUGAUUUUAAUUCAAGAUGGCUCCCAGAACACGAACGUGGACAAACCUCUUCGCAUCAUUGGGGAUCCUUACAAAGUGCAGCAAGCCUGCGAGAUGGUGAUGGACAUCCUCCGGGAGCGUGACCAGGGUGGCUUUGGGGACCGGAACGAGUACGGAUCCCGGAUUGGUGGGGGCAUUGACGUGCCGGUGCCCAGGCAUUCUGUCGGGGUAGUUAUUGGCCGGAGCGGAGAGAUGAUCAAGAAGAUCCAGAAUGAUGCUGGCGUGCGGAUACAGUUUAAGCAAGAUGAUGGGACAGGUCCCGAGAAGAUAGCUCACAUAAUGGGGCCCCCAGACCGGUGUGAGCACGCAGCACGGAUCAUCAAUGAUCUCCUCCAGAGCCUCAGGAGUGGACCCCCAGGCCCUCCAGGGGGUCCUGGCAUGCCCCCGGGAGGCCGGGGGCGAGGAAGGGGCCAAGGCAAUUGGGGCCCCCCUGGUGGAGAGAUGACCUUCUCCAUCCCCACUCACAAGUGUGGGCUGGUCAUCGGCCGAGGUGGCGAAAAUGUGAAAGCCAUAAACCAGCAGACAGGCGCCUUUGUGGAGAUCUCCCGGCAGCUGCCGCCCAACGGGGACCCCAAUUUCAAAUUGUUCAUCAUCCGGGGCUCACCCCAACAGAUUGACCACGCCAAACAGCUCAUUGAGGAAAAGAUUGAGGGCCCCCUCUGCCCAGUUGGACCAGGCCCAGGGGGACCAGGCCCUGCCGGCCCCAUGGGGCCCUUCAACCCCGGGCCUUUCAACCAGGGGCCACCUGGGGCUCCCCCGCAUGCGGGGGGGCCGCCUCCUCACCAGUACCCACCCCAGGGCUGGGGCAAUACCUACCCCCAGUGGCAGCCACCUGCUCCUCACGACCCGAAUAAAGCUGCAGCCGCCGCAGACCCCAAUGCCGCCUGGGCCGCCUACUACUCACACUACUACCAGCAGCCCCCAGGCCCCGUGCCCGGCCCUGCGCCAGCCCCCGCGGCCCCACCUGCCCAGGGGGAGCCCCCUCAGCCCCCACCCGCCGGCCAGUCGGACUACACUAAGGCCUGGGAAGAGUAUUACAAGAAGAUUGGCCAGCAGCCCCAGCAGCCCGGAGCACCGCCACAACAGGACUACACGAAGGCCUGGGAGGAGUACUACAAGAAGCAGGCUCAAGUGGCCACCGGAGGGGGUCCGGGAGCGCCCCCAGGCUCCCAGCCAGACUACAGUGCCGCCUGGGCUGAAUAUUACAGACAGCAGGCCGCUUACUACGGACAGACUCCAGGUCCCGGCGGCCCCCAGCCUCCACCCACACAGCAGGGACAGCAGCAGGCAAGUGGGAAUUGCCACCCUCCUCCUCCUCCUUUUUCCUUCCAACCCCCGGCCACCGUCCAUCCUGCCUUAGUGGGUAGCGCCGGAAAUCCCUUCCCCUGCGGGGUGUGUCCUUGAUGCCUGCAGCGGGGGCCGUGUGGCCAGAGGUCUCCGGGAGUCCCCACGAGCUGGGGAAGUGUGCGCUGGGUCCAGAGGUUAAACGAAGAGGCCUCCCUGCGCCGGCCCGCUUGUUCCUGUGUCACGCUGUCGCGAUGCUGGGGGAGAGCGCGAAACCAAUACAAGGUGGAACUGUUGAACUGGUGGGUAGUCCUGGGGGUGGGGGGGCAGGCCAGCGGCACAGACGUCGGUCGCCAUCCUGGCUGCUCGCUCGCUCACUCAAAAUCUGGCCACUCGGGAAGAAAACGGAUGUGUUUUCCCCUCUCCGCGUUACUUUUUUGGGUUUUGUUCCUGGCAUUCUUUUAUUUUUAACCCCACGGUCUUUCCCCCGUGUCCAAGUGACUGUGUGUUGCAGGCGGCCCCCACGCGGGUCAGCCCUGGCUCUGCUGGGACUCGGGGAGCUUGCCAAGGGGGCCGGCCCCAGGGCGCCCCCCCCCUGCACCCCCUUCUCCGCCCCCCUCCCCGGGCUCUGCCUCCUCCGCUCUCGCGCCUGCCUCUGUGUCCCGGUUUUGUCUGUGAAGUGGGCAUGACGAUCGCCGCCACCUUCCAACCUACCUCACAGGGGUGUUGUGGGGACACCGUGAUCUCUGACAUUGUCAUGUUGUGAUGCGCCGGAGCACCUGCCUUCCUGAGGACAGAGGGCACCCCUCCUCCCUCCCAAACCCCAAGCGCGCUUCUCUCCUCCCCCCCCCACCCCCGCUCUGUCUCUGCGGCCCCCCCCCCCCACCCCGCUUCUCUCCUCCUGGUCUUUACGUCACUCUUUCUCCUCCUCCUCCUCCAUCAAGGAGCCAGUCUGACUUCGGCCGAGUUCCCCGGAGCACUUGCCUAGACAGUUACAGCUCGCCACAGGUUCAGGGGAGGGGCUUCCUGGCCCCCUCCUCGCUACCGUCCCCCCCAGUCUCCCGCCCCUUCCUCCCCUCCCCGUAGUGACCGAUUCCUAUCUCUUCCCUCUCCGCAGGCUCAAUGAAUCGAAUGAAUGUGAACUUCUUCAUCUGUGAAAAUCUUUUAUUAUUUUUUUUCCAUUUUGUUCUGUUUGGGGGCUUUUUUGUGUUCUUUUUUUUUUUUUUUUUUUCCCUCGUUUGUUUGGCGAGAGAGCGAUGGCUGCCGUGGGGGGUGCUGGGGGCGCCCUCGCUGUGAGUGGCUUGGAGGUCAUGCCCUGGGCGAUGCUGGGCUCUCACUCUCUCGCUCAUUCUGUGUGUCUCAUGCUUUUUUUCUUUCAAAAUUGGGAUCUUUCAUGUUGAGCCAGCCAUAGAAGAUAGAAUUAAAUCUCUGCCAAAAAAAAAAAAAAAAUUUAAAUAUAAAAAACACAAAAAGCAAACAAAACCUAUAAAAUUAUAUAUAUAUAUAUAAAAAUCUCUAUCCCUUCCCGAAACUGCCUCUUUCAGGGGAAAGCAAUUCAUUUUCUUCCUACCACCCUUGGCCCUCUUCGUGUUUUUAAAAUAAACUUUUAAAAAGGAAAAAAAGUCACUCUUGCUAUUUCUUUUUUUUAGUUAGAGUUGGAACAUUCCUUGGACCAGGUGUUGCUAUUUCAGGACCCCCCCCUUCUCCCCCCUCAGUCGAGCCCCUCGGCCUCUGCUCCUCCUCUUUCCUCCCGCCUCGCUCGGCUCCCCUGCAGCCCCUCCCGCCGCCCCCCUCCCACCUCCCCCCCCCUCCCGGGACUGGUCUUGUGUUUCAACUGUUCAAGAGGACAUUGAAACUGAAAACAAAUUGAGAACAAAACAAAAAAUUGUAUGGCAGUUUUUACUUUUUAUCGCUCGUUUUUAACUUCACAAAUAAAUGAUAACAAAACCUCCCCGUGUCUGCUGGGUGCCGUCUCUUUCUCUCCUCUCUCCCCCUGUAGAGUUUUGAAGCAGAUGUUUGUUCGUUCUUUAUAGAUGUUGUAAAAGCCUGAUAAUGGUGAUUGGAAAUUACAAGCUUUGUGUUGUGUUUUUUCUUUCUUUCUUUCUUUCUUUCUUUCUUUUUUUUUUUUUUUUUAAGAAAAAGAAUUAUAAGAAAAAAUAGUUUUCUGCAGGCGCAUUGUGCUUUCCUAACCCCCUCCCCUUUUUUUGGUUAAAUAAAGUGCUUUUUGUCUAAAAA